CGUGACGUCCAGGAUGGGAAUUGAUGGAUGAUGGAUGUAGGGUCGGGGCCAGCCAGCGAGCCCCCAACGAGCGACGUCGGAAAUAAGCAGCAGAAAAAGGAGACGACGCUGAAACCAGACGUUUGCCAUCCAUUCGACACCACCACGCUUUUGCAGGUCAAAAGGGCUGCGUGGAACUUAUUCAUCCCUUAUUGUCUACUUACUGUGUAGCUGCCUACUCGUAUCCUUUCCUUGUCCUAUCCUUCCCCAUCCUUCUCCCGUUCUUCUCCCGUCCUUCUCCCGUCAAUCUCAGCUUUGUUUCAGCCACCACCAGGGAGCUUGGUUAUUGGGUCGAUACCAACCGGCAUUGACAAGCAAGAACCACACCUCCCAAGACACGGCCGGCCCGCAUUCGAAACUAGCGGCAAGACGGACGGCUUGUCAGGCCCCGGUGUCUGUCCACACGAGAACAAGACGUCAUGGCUGCCACGGCGGUCGAGCUUCCUAACGGCGUCCACGACCACGACAACGAUCACGUCCUCCGCCCGCGCCCACGGAAGCUGGUGCACUCGCAGGUGUCGCAGCUGAGUAGCGCAUCGUCCAACGGCGCAUAUCUCGAGACGCCCCAGGACGAUGGCGCAACCAUCAGCAGCGGCCGAUCCACCCCCGUUUCUGCCGAUGCGCCGCCGUCGGUUAAGAUCCUCUCCUCGGCGCGCAAGCAGGUGCGUCGCGAACACCGCGAGCUCCAGCUCCAGACCAAGGACGCCCAACGCCGGCGCCUCUUCCCGACGACCAAUUUCGAGUCGCGCCUCUCGCACCUCGACCCCAACAGCGACUACCGCGACUUCCAUGGCUUCUUCAACCUGUUCUGGAUCGGCCUCGCCAUCAUGGCCAUUACCACCAUGUUGCGCAACAUCAAGGACACGGGCUACCCCAUGCGCGUCCAAAUCUGGGGGCUGUUCACCGUCAAGGUCUGGGAGCUGGCCCUGGCCGACUUCCUGAUGGUCGCUACUACGGCUAUCUCGCUGCCGCUGCACCGCGUCUUCCGCUCCGCUCCCGCCGGCUGGCUGAUGACGUGGGCCCGCGGCGGCAUGGCCAUCAUGAGCAUCUACCAGAUCCUCUGGCUGUCCCUCUGGAUCGCCCUGCCUUUUCUGCUCGACUGGACGUGGACCGCGCAGGUCUUCUUCCUGCUGCACACCAUGGUACUGCUGAUGAAGAUGCACUCGUACUCCUUCUACAACGGCCACCUGUCCGAGACGGAGAAGCGUCUGCGCGCCCUCGACCACCCUUCGACCGCCUCGAAAGCGCCCGCUUACGUGUACCCCAGCGAGAUCAAGGUGGCGAGCCCCAAGCGCACCACGGCCCCGAACCAUUUUGGGAGCAUCGACGAAGCUGCUGCGGCGCACUGUGGCGUGGACGUCAAGAUCAGAGGGGCCAAGGUGGCGGACGCGAGCGGUCCGUCGCCGGUGCUGGGCAGUGGUGCGGAUGAGCGCGAGGGCGGCGACUGGCACGUGGACGGAGACGACGACGACGUGCUGCAGCUGCGCGAGGAUCUGGCGCGCGAGCUGACCAGCCCCAUGGGCAACACGGCGUACCCGCGCAACCUAACGUGGGCCAACUACUACGACUUCAUAGUCUGCCCCACGCUGUGCUACGAACUCGAGUACCCUCGCACGGCAAAGGUGGACUGGCAGUCGCUCAUCUCCAAGAUCGUGGCCGUGUUUGGCUGCAUCUUUCUGCUGACGAUUGUGAGCGAGGAGUUCAUCCUGCCUGUGCUGGUCGAGUCAUCGCACCGACUGGCGGCCACGGGCUCGGCGUUGGAGACGCUCCUGAUCCUGUCCGAGACCAUCUCGUGGCUGCUGUUCCCCUUCAUGAUGACGUUCCUGCUCGUCUUCCUCGUCAUCUUCGAGUACGUGCUGGGCGCGUGCGCCGAGAUCACACUCUUCGCCGACCGCCGCUUCUACGCCGACUGGUGGAACAGCACCGACUGGAUGGAGUUCUCGCGCGAGUGGAACGUGCCCGUCUACGCCUUUUUGCGCCGCCACGUUUACAGCGCCAGCCGCCCGCAUAUCGGCAAGCCGCUCGCCACCCUCAUCACGUUCCUCAUCAGCGCCGCCGGCCACGAGAUCGUCAUGGCCUGCAUCACCAAGAAGCUGCGCGGGUACGGCUUCAUCUGCCAGAUGCUGCAGCUCCCCAUCUUUGCGCUGCAGCGGACGCGCUGGAUCCGCGGCAAGCACACGGCCAACAAUGUGUUCUUCUGGUGCUCCAUGAUCAUGGGCCUGAGCUUGAUCUGCUCGCUCUACGUGCUCGUAUAACGUGCGUCCACCGAUUUUGUACAGUGACAUGUCAGUCGCCAUACACACACCCUGUAGCUCAGGAUCUUUCUUUCCCUUUUCUUUCCCCCUAAGCAAAUAAACCUAAACAUUGUUUACAUGUAGGAUUGUAUUGAGCGCUCACGGAUACCCAUCGACGGAUCCUCUGCUUUCGUUUCCUUUUUUUUUUUUUUGUUUCCUUUGCAUUUCUUGGACAGGUUCAAAUACCCCUCGUUAUCUCAUCCCCGAGCGGGUGUGGUUCAUAGCUAAAGUAUAUAGACACACAAACAAAACAAACAGCCGCAAGCAGUAGAUCUCCAUGUAGUGCGUUCAUUAU